ACUCUCCGCCCACGAGCACAUCGAACGGUCAUCGGAGAGCUGAAGACUCAAGACUCAUGAGCGCAUCCUUUACCUGUCUAUUCAAAAUGUGGACAUUUAGGAGACACACAUUAGAAAAAGUGGGGGAAAACUGAUGUCCAAAAAUGCAAACUCGAAUUAGUUCUUUAAAAAUGGGAUUUUACGUAACAUUAAGCAGGGUCACCAACUGCUUCAACCAAAGAGCAACUUGAACAGGAUUUCUGGCUGAAUCUGUUGCCCUAAAUCUGUUGGACUGCUAAAUAUUGUGGCUUCACAGCACUGGAUGCCUAGAAAAGGCAAAGAAAAAAAUGGCGAAGAUUUGCACAGAGCAAUCGUUCCCAUCGGGACACAAGCCCUCGGUCCGAGCCUGUAAAGAUGACCUGGAUCAGACUGAAAAUGGCAUAAACAGGGCAAAUUCUCUAUGUGAGGACACCUCCUCUGAUAUGCAGGGGAUCAUUUCUACUGGAACCAGCCAGCUACAGGAGUCCAGGAGAAGCUCUUUCACGGGUGCUGGGGCAAUGGCAAGGCUAACCCAAUUUCUGGUAAUGCUGAGGAACUGGGCUUCACACAGGCUUCACAGAGAGGUUGAGCGUCCCGACUCCUUCUUGGAGCGAUUCCGUGGACCUGACCUCAAAGACUUAUCUAGCCGAGGAAGUAAUGCCCGAUCCUCUAUAGGCCUACCUGACAAGCCUCAUAAGAGGAAAAAAUCCAGUCAUUGGCCUCUGGCAGUUUACAAUAUGAACAACUGCAACAACACAGAUGACAAAAAGGAGGACAAAAAGGAAGAACUAAAAAAAGAUGAGAAAAAGGAUGAAGACAAAAAGGAAGAGAAAAAAGAUGAGAAGGAAGAGAAAAAAGAUGAGAAAAAAGAUGAAAAAAAGGAUGAGAAAAAGGACGAAAAGAAGGAUGAUAAGAAAGAUGAUAAAAAGAAAGAUGCUCCUCCUCCACUGAAAGAAGUGUGGAUCAUGGACCCAGCCUCAGACAAGUAUUACAGAUGGCUUACAGUCAUUGCAGGCCCAGUGUUUUACAACCUGAUGAUGCUGGUGACAAGGGCCUGUUUUAACGAGCUUCAGAACUCUUUCACAAUGCUUUGGAUCGUCCUGGACUAUACGUCAGAUGUAAUCUACUACAUGGACACAUUUGUCAGAGCAAGAACAGGGUUCCUGGAGCAGGGUCUUCUUGUCAAAGAUGGCAAGAAGUUGAUGGAUCAUUACAAGACAAUCCCACAGUUCAAAUACGACAUGAUCUCAAUGAUCCCGACAGAUUUGUUUAUGCUGAAAGUGGGAUUCAACAACCCUGAACUUCGCUUCAACCGCCUCUUCAAAAUGGCACGUCUCUUCGAGUUCUUUGACCGCACAGAAACACGAACGAACUUUCCGAACAUUUUCCGUAUCAGCAACCUCGUACUUUACAUCUUGAUUAUUAUUCACUGGAACGCUUGCAUUUUCUUCGCCAUUUCAAAAACGAUAGGUUUUGGAACCGACACGUGGGUAUAUCCUAACAUCAGUCACCCUGAAUACGGGCGAUUGGCCAGAAAAUACAUCUACUGUCUGUACUGGUCCACUCUCACUCUCACCACCAUUGGAGAAACGCCACCUCCCGUUAAAGACAUUGAAUACUUGUUUGUCGUUAUGGACUUCCUCAUUGGAGUGUUGAUUUUCGCUACCAUCGUCGGUAACGUCGGCGCCAUGAUCUCCAACAUGAACGCUUCUCGUGCUGAAUUUCAGGCUAAGAUCGACUCCAUCAAGCAGUACAUGCAGUUCCGUAAGGUCAGCAAAGACCUGGAGGCCAGGGUCAUCAAAUGGUUCGACUACCUUUGGACGGAGAAGAAAACUUGCGAUGAGAAGGAAGUCUUAAAGAAUCUCCCAGACAAGCUCAAGGCUGAGAUAGCCAUCAAUGUCCAUUUAGACACGCUGAAGAAGGUGCGAAUCUUCCAGGAUUGUGAAGCGGGACUUCUUAUAGAGUUGGUGUUGAAGUUGCAACCUCAGGUGUUCAGUCCUGGAGAUUACAUAUGCAAGAAAGGCGACAUCGGCCGAGAAAUGUACAUCAUCAAAGAAGGAAAGCUUGCCGUAGUGGCCGAUGAUGGGGUCACGCAGUUUGUGGUGCUCAGUGACGGCGCUUACUUCGGAGAAAUUAGCAUCCUCGGAAUCAAAGGCAGUAAAGCCGGUAACCGAAGAACGGCAAACAUUCGUAGCGUCGGAUAUUCUGACCUCUUCGCCCUGUCUAAAGAUGAUCUCGUGGAAGCGCUUACCGAGUACCCAGAUGCCAAAAAAGCCCUGGAGGAGAAAGGAAAGGCUAUUUUAAGAAAAGACAACCUUCUUGAUGAGGCGGUGGCAAGCGCAGGUGCAGAUCCCAAAGAUCUGGGCGAGAAGAUUGAACGCUUAGAGGGCAACCUUGAAAUCAUGACUGGCAAAUUUGCCAAGCUCAUGGCAGAGUACACGUCCUACCAGGGAAAGAUCAAACAGAGGAUAACCAACAUGGAGAGCAAAGUGAAAACACUACGAGUCGAAGAUCUCUCUGAGGUUGUCGAGGACAAAAAAGAAGAAGAGAAGAAGACUAAAUAGUCAACAGCAUAGACAUUGGGGUUAAAGGGGUUUCCUUUCUAUGUACAUAUUUCUUAACAUAGUACAUUACGGUUUAAACUGUUUAUACUUAUCUAUUUAUACAUUUUACACAUGACAACAUUGUACUAAUGGAACACUUGUUCAAUAUAUGCAGUAUGGAACCACGCCGAUGGCAUACAAUGCAGGAUUUUUGUUUGUAUGCCCAUAGGAGAGAUACACUAUCGUUCAAAAGUUUAGGGUUGGCAAGAUUUAUUUGUUGCGAUUUUUUUUUAAAGAAGUCUCUUAUGCUCA